GAUGGAAAGUGAGUAAUCCGUUUUGAUGAUGUCAGCUUGCUUGCUACUAGUACUACUGUAGUUGCCCCCGCUUUGAGUAAACUAGGCAGUUGUUACAGUCGGUGUAGCAAUGAAUGAGAAAUGAGCGAGAGACAUUUGCGCAUCUGUAGUUAGGCUACACCACGGUCGGAUAGAUCUGCGUCGAUGAACGAUAAGUCGUGCAACUGGGAUGUUUGAUUGAACAAGAGAAAACCCUUUCGGAGUAAUUGUUUUCCUGAUCGGUGAGCCACCUGUGGGUUAUUGUUACUGUGUCGACCUCUUAUAUAAGGUUACUGAUUGACACCAAUGGGGAUGGACACAGGAGCAUCGUUCACCCUCUCCGGCCUCCUCAUCCUUGCCUCCACACCCCUCCUUGCCCUCCCCCACAUCAGCUUCUUGUCCAAUUACCACAUGACUUUGGCUCUAAUUCAAAGGCGUUUUACUUGGAUAAUGAUUCAGCACAACAGACAGUAGAGAUAUUUAGUCUCUUGCAAAAGCCAUAUGUCACCAUUUAACUAUUAUUUAAGUAUAAUACCCCCAGUGCCUCACAGAAGAGAGGUUGGAUAUAUAUUGUUGCUGUUUUGAAGGUUGACUUGAAGUCCUCUGACUGAAAGCAACGGGAAGCUGCAACUACAUCUAAGUAACAGGAGCAUACAGUCUUGGGAGAGCUGUGGUCUGGAUUCUUCUAGUCUGGCCUAGCCUUGUCUUGCCUUGUUUCAUCACGCCUCGUAUAGUCGGGUCUUCCCUGUAUGGUAGUUGUUGAGUCGGACACUAUGGUUCCUCUGAAGGCAGAGCUGGAGCCUUUGAGAGCGGGGCAGGUUGUGGUGAAAGUGAAGCCACCGAGUGAAGGCGACGGGGACAGCCAUGCCGUCAUCAGUGAGGGGGAAACCGGAGACAAGAUCCCCCUGCGUCGCUGGGUCAUGCACGGGGCUGUGAUGUUCGGACGGGAGUUUUGCUAUGCCAUGGAGACUGCACUGGUCACACCUGUCUUGUUACAGAUUGGUCUCCCCGAGCAGUACAACAGUCUCACGUGGUUCCUGAGUCCCAUCCUGGGGCUGAUCUUCACGCCUCUGAUUGGCUCGGCCAGCGACCGCUGCACCCUCAGCUGGGGGCGGAGACGACCCUUCAUCCUGGUGCUGUGCGUGGGCGUGCUGCUGGGCGUGGCGCUCUUUCUCAACGGCUCUCUGAUAGGCCUAGCUAUCGGAGACGUGCCAAACCGCCAGCCAAUCGGGAUCGUGCUGACGGUGCUGGGCGUUGUCGUUUUGGACUUCUCCGCAGACGCAUUGGAGGGACCAAUAAGAGCCUACCUUUUGGACUUGGCCGACACGGAUGAGCAGGAUAUGGCACUUAACAUCCACGCCUUCUCUGCCGGUCUGGGGGGUGCGGUGGGGUAUAUGAUGGGGGGGUUGGACUGGUCCAACACCCUGCUAGGCCAGGCCUUCAGGUCGCAAGAACAGGUCCUCUUCUUCUUUGCUGCCGUCAUCUUCAUCGUGUCGGUGGCGCUGCAUAUGUUCAGCAUCAAGGAGGAGCGCUACAGCCCCCAGCGGGACGCCCAGGGAGACGAAUCCAGAAGCCUGACCUCAAUCCAUCCCAACGACCUGCCCCCCGGUGCAGGGGAGCUGAUAGGGGAGGAGGACUCCUUCUUCCCUGGCGAUGCCAGCCAGCCGGAGCCUGAGCUCGGGAUGUUGAGCGCGGAGCGAGGGCGGAGCAAGAGCGACUCGGUGCUGGCCAUGCCAGACGCCACCAUCCAGCUGGACGCCGAUCUGAACCCCGACAUGCACUUCCUGUCCGACAUCGAGCCCUCCAUCUUCCAGGACUUGGAGCCGUCGAGCCCACAGCCGGGCACCCCCAACGGGACCCCCCCGCCUUACAGGGACGACCAGGGCUGGCGUGACCAGACAGACGGCAACAUGUUCACCCAGGAGAAGAGGAGCAUGCUGGAGCACACUGAGGUCAACCAGGUGAAAGGACUCAAUGGGACGGGGGAGCUGUCGUGCAGUUCUGCCCACGCCCACACCCGCAACCACGCCCGCCCAGGCGGCCCCGCCCAGACCCGCGCGGGCCCCCGCCCCUCCAACGUCAACGUGCCGGCCCGCCGCCACAAGCACACCUUCUACCGCCAGCCCUCCUUCACCUUCUCCUACUACGGCCGCGUGGUCGUCCACCGCCACCGGCAGCGGCGUCCUCACCCCACCGCCGCCCAGCCCAUCACGUCGUCCCGCAGCCUCAACGACCUGUACCCGCUGCGGGGCGGCCAGGUGUGGCGGAAGCUGCCGCAGAGCGGCGGCAGCCUGGAGGAGGAGGGCUCAGAGGAGGAGGAGGAGGAGGAGGAGGAGGAAGAGGAUGGCCCCACGGUCAGGCUGCUGUGGCUGUCCAUGCUGAAGAUGCCUCCGCAGCUGUGGAGGCUGUGCGUGUGCCACCUGCUCACCUGGUUCUCCAUCAUCAGCGAGGCCGUGUUCUACACCGACUUCAUGGGACAGGUCAUCUACGGGGGGGAUCCCACGGCUGCAGCUAACUCCACAGAACUGCAGAACUAUCACAAAGGAGUCCAGAUGGGCUGCUGGGGCCUGGUGGUCUACGCUGCCACGGCUGCCGUCUGCUCUGCCCUGCUCCAGAAGAUCCUGGACAACUCUGACCUCAGCAUCCGGAUCAUUUACACCCUGGGCACGCUGGUCUUCUCCAUAGGCACUGCCAUCAUGGCUAUAUUCCCCAAUGUGUACGUCGCCAUGGUGAGCAUCAGCACCAUGGGAGUGAUCUCGAUGUCCAUCUCCUACUGCCCGUACGCCCUGCUGGGGCAGUACCACGAGAUUAAAGAGUACAUCCAUCACAGCCCGGGCAACUCUCGACGGGGCUUCGGCAUCGACUGUGCCAUCCUGACCUGCCAGGUGUAUGUCUCCCAGAUCAUGGUGGCGUCGGCGCUCGGGGCAGUCGUGGACGCGGUGGGCAGCGUGCGCGUCAUCCCCAUGGUGGCCUCCGGGGGCUCCUUCCUCGGCUUCCUCACCGCCUGCUUCUUGGUCAUCUACCCAGACCCCGCCCCGGAGAGUGUGACCAAUGAGGAGCAGGGAUCGGCAGAGGCGGGGCCCGGCGACGGAGGCAGCACAAGGUCUUCUGUGGUGGUGGCGGGCGGUUCGAUGCCCAGGAAUAGUUGCCAGUCCUCCGUCUGACCUACCAGUACGUCGACCAGUCUGCUGUGUGAAACCAACCAGAGGACAUGCUGGGGAGAGCAGGACCAAGACCUCUGACCUGACCUGACUCACCCAACCUUCUGGGGUGUCAGAUCCUUGUAAUGGACGAGAGGAGAAGGGGAGGGGGGAGGAGGGGAGCUGUGAGCCAUGGGAUAGGGAUUGAUCCCUUGGCUGAAGGUUAUGCUUAAAGCUCGAUGAGAACUUUCAGCUCUACAUUCACACACACUUUGGAACACGGCUACAUCUCCUUCUCCUCAAUGUACACCUCGCUUAUAUUGUACAUCGAAACCUAUAUAUAUAAUAUAUAUAUACACGCAUGUGACAACAAUAUUUCCACAGAGACUUUUUGGUUUAUAAAAAAGUGAUGUUGGUUUAGAAUGUUUUUAAGAGAGUUGACUUGCUAAAACUCACUUUUCAGUGGUAUACUGGAGCUGGGUAAAGUUGGUGUGAGUUAAUGACUUAAUGGCAGGUGUAAGAACCUACAUAUAAAUCCAUAGAGGGACAAGUAGGGGCUGAAGACAUUCAGCACCUGUGGCACCUGUAACACUUGAACAGGUCGGUUGGUGUGAAAAAUCUUUCGUUUACAUUCAGAGCAUAGACUUUCUGCGAGCAUAUGUUUCAAAACCUGUGGUAGCCCAGAUGGGGGGGGUUCAGACAAGUCUUAAAACAAGCCAAAACUCCUUCAGGGCUACUCCAGGUUGUGAACCGUGCAUUCUCUGUCAAGCUGUGCCAGUGAGCUCAAUAUAUAGCUCAAUAUAUUUCUAUGCUGCCACUAAAUAGGUACAGGAUCUAUACGUUACAUUGUGUGGUGUAGGCAUGCACCUUAUUUCCUACCAGAUACACACAAACACAUCUGCACUACAAUGUACAAAUACACACACACACACACACACACCCUCCAAACGACCUAAGUGAGGGUUGCCAUAGCUGUGGACAUUCAUGUCAUGAAGACACUCAGGGUAAAUCACACUAAAACUGCAUCGGAGAACACGAUGACGAUGAGGUUAAUGUUGUCCGCGUGUGGCCAUUCCAUAGCCUGAAAUCCAUCGAGCCUUUCUAUGCACAGCACCAAACCUCCCCAUAGGGGGAGCCACCUACCUUACCCAAAGCACCUGUAGACCCUCAGGACGUUCCUGUUAACAUGCCAUUUUAAUCACAGGUUAAAUGUACUGUAGGCCAGUCGACAAAAUAUGAUCUUGGUGCUUAACGGGACACUUUAUAACAGCUGCCAUAGAAAUAAUAGAUGUAAGUACCUAUUGGAAAUUUGAAUAAGUGAUAGGUGAUGAUGAUAAUGGACAUUUUGUAAACGCGUUGGGGAAGUGCAUAACUAAAUACUGCCGCCUUUUAGUUUCUGUGAGUGUGUGGGCCAUAUAAUUUAUUUAUAACCAUGGGUUAUAGACUUGAUCUAUAGGUAGAUCGACUGUAACUAGAUGUCUAGUAGUGCCUUGGAUAGUUUUCCAGAAUACACUGUUGAGUGACGAGGCCAAAAAAUGGCGUUGCUUGCACACUGGGGAUAUCUGUCUCUGAAAUGGGGAAUUCAAGAGUAAAGACAAUAUAAGCGCUAAUUCUGUGAUAUGAACAGUGUCGUUUUACUUUAAGUUUUUGCUUGUUUGGAAGAUGGAUGUGUCUUGAUUGUGAAUAGUUUUAGUUGAGAAAUAUGUGUGGAUGAGAAAUCAAAAUGCUAGUGAAUGCUAACAUUCGUGUCAGUAUCUAAUUCUAUGACACCAACCUAGAUUCUCAAGUCAAUCAUUGAUUUUGUGAUUGAUUAAGUCUUUGAUAUAUUACCUUUGUGCUGCUGUUGAAAUGUACAGAUGUUUUGUAGCCUGUACACAAGGUAUGUUUUGUACAAACAAUAAGAAAGAAACAAUGAAUGCACCUUUGAAUAUGAAAA